AUGGAUAAGCCACCAUCAGGAAAAGAAGAGUCAACUACUGCGUCUCAAUCAGAUGAAUCCCGGACUCAUGAGGUAGAAGUCAAGAGUUCUAAUGGAACCAAUAAAAAUCAUGAGCGUUACGAGGGAUUAAUAUCAAGAUACCACAAACAAAUUUGCAAAGAACAAACUUCGACAGAUACACGAAGGGAUUUAGAAAAAAAGUUCGAUGUAAAGACAGGAAGUUCAACUGAUGGGAUGGAAGGACGUGGAUCAGCAAAAUAUCAAACAAUUCCAAAUCGAGCGAACAUAAACCACCGACAAACUAAGUCGAACCCAGAAUCGAUGACGGUACGAGUAGCUCGAGCACGUAGGAAUGCAAUGUUUGAAGGGUCUGAAGGGUCAGAAGGGGUGGAUGAUUCAAAGACCACAAGAGUGACCAUGGGAUCGGGUAAACAUGGCUUAGUUUCGGCUGAUUCAGGAGGACUGCUUGAACCAUCAUAUCCUUCAGUAUCCUCGCCGAUUACAAUACCGCCACGUGUAGUUCUACCACCACAUCAUGUUGGAUCCGAGGGAGUAUAUCGUGAUGCAACCGGGUUAUCUUCGAAAAUGUCGGCUCCUGAGGAAAGCAAAUCCCGCACCACCGCUUCUGAAAGUCCAAAGUAUAAGCUACAGGUGGAUGCUUCGUCCUUUGGUCAUACCGUGGGGAAGAUGCGUACCCCGAGGAGUAUGUCUGAUGGAUUUGGAGCGACAGUGGCCAUGUACAAUAAGCUGAAAGAUUUGUCAGUGGAACUGGAACAGAACAAGGGCGAGGAGCGAGUUGGUAAGAUGAAGAGAAAGACAAAGAAUGCGGGGAUGAAGGAUGAUGCGAAGAAGAAUCGAUAG